UAAAGAAGUUCCCACAUUACUGUUACUGCUCGCAACCGCUGCUCUACAGACAUGGCUCUGCCACCUUUUUUCGCCCAGAGCCGUCAGGGGCCGCCGCCCCCGCAGCCACCGCCUUCCGCUCCAUUCGGCUGUCCGCCCCCGCCGCUGCCCUCUCCGGCUUUCCCGCCGCCCCUUCCCCAGCGACCCGGCCCCUUCCCUGGGGCGUCCGCCCCCUUCCUCCAGCCUCCGCUGGCUCUGCAGCCCCGCGCGCCAGCCGAGGCCUCCCGCGGCGGCGGUGGUGGCGGUGGUGGCGCCUUUUUCCCGGUGCCACCCCCACCGCUGCCGCCGCCGCCGCCGCCUCAGUGCCGGCCCUUCCCGGGGCCGGACGCCGUCGAGCGUCCACGGCCACCGCCUCCAGGCCCCGGGCCGCCCUGGAGCCCGCGCUGGGCCGAGGCGCCGCCGCCGCCGCUGCCUCCCGACGUGCUCGGAGACGCGGCCCUGCAGCGCCUGCGUGAUCGGCAGUGGCUGGAGGCGGUGUUCGGGAACCCCCGGCGGCCCGGCGGCCUCCGGACCCCGCGCACACCCGCCGGGCCCAGCCUGGGCGAAGUCCGCGCGCGGUUGCGUUCCGCUUUGCGUUUGGUGCGGCGGCUACGCAGCUUGGGGCAGUCCCUGCGCGAGGCUGAAGCCGACGGAGCGGCCUGGGCCUCCCUGCACGCUCAGGCGGCGCCACUGCGAGCGGAGCUAGCGGAGCGGCUGCAGCCGCUGGCCCAGGCCGCCUAUGUGGGCGAAGCGCGACGGAGGCUGGAGAGGGUUCGGCGCCGCCGGCUGCGGCUUCGUGAGAGGGCCCGGGAUCGGGAGGCCGAACGGGAGGCGGAGGCCGCGCAGGCCACGGAACGGGAGCAGGAGAUUGACCGCUGGAGGGUGAAGUGCGUGCAGGAAGUGGAGGAAAAAAAGCGGGAGCAGGAACUUAAAGCAGCUGCUGAUGGGGUCUUAGCUGAAGUAAGGAAAAAACAAUCAGACACCAAAAGGAUGGUGGACAUUCUGCGUGCUUUAGAGAAGCUGAGGAAACUGAGGAAAGAAGCCGCAGCAAGGAAAGGUAAGGGCAGCUUGUACUCACCAACCGGUUGUCGCUACGCCUCGGCCUCCUGUGUAGGUCACACUUCUGUGACCUCACUGAGGGCUUAUGAGUUCCCACUCGCUCACCUCUUACAGCCAUUCCGGCAGUAUUACCUCCAGGCUGAGCACUCCUUGCCUGCGCUCAUUCAGAUAAGGCAUGAUUGGGAUCAGUACCUGGUACCGUCUGAUCAUCCGAAAGGCAACUCGGUUCCCCAAGGAUGGGUCCUUCCUCCACACCCCAGCAACGACAUCUGGGCAACGGCCAUUCAGCUGCAUUAAGAUGCUUCAGGAGUGUGGUCCAGCGGGCAAGCACUGCAGCUCUAGAUAUUAGAGAUGCUGUCGUCUCACGCUGUAGUCUUCUGCACAACUUAACUCUAUGUGGUGUUGUCCUAGCUGGAAAGCCUGCUUCUUUUGUUCUCUGCCCUAGGCGGGGGUGCCUCUGGAGCCAGAGAUUCAUAAGGUUCUUCUGGGAAGGGUCGAGAUGAACUGAGGUUAUUAGCAUGGGCUGUAGCCUUGGCUCACUAAAUCUGCCUCUGUUUUGAGAGGCUUGGUUUAAUGUGGCCUGCUCACUUGCUCUAGGUUUGUUGUAUAAUGGUGGGUAAGUAAGGCAGCACACUUGGUUACUGCUUGAAGGUAUUCAUUGAGUAGAGUUAGCAGCUACUGUUCCUUAUCUUCCCACACCACCUGCCCUCCGGCUCCCAGGAGCACCUACAGUUUCCAGUUUUAGUGCAGUGUGGGAGGCUGCUACUGAGAAAGAUGGGGUGGGGGCUGCCAGGAUCACUGAUGGCUUAGAAAACUUGAAGAGUUAACCAGAACCAGGGUGGCUUGUGCUCUGACAGACAGUGCCUGUUUUCCUCAUGAAAGUGCCAGUGCAAAAGUUGUGAGGGAUCUAGGCCUCCAAGAAUAGAAACUUAUUUCCCUGUGGGACUGUAAUCUCUGUCACAUGAUAGGGGCUGGAUAGCUCAAGUUUCUAAAAACAUGUCAUAAAAGUCGGGAAAAGAGCAAAUAUGAAAGAUAAAUUUUAUUUUUAUAUUCAUUAAUAAGUGCUGUUGUACAUGGACAUGAUCAGUCAUAGGUUUUUGUUUUGCCUUAUUCUGGGUUAUGUUAUUUAAUUUCCUAAAAGCUGAAUAAAUACCAUUUUUGCUUUUUUGUUUGA